AGGUGAAACUACUUUACACUUCAUUAAGUUGUGGAGGAUUCAAAGAGGCAGGGGGGACAGCGGAGAGGUAGGGACAUCUUAUCUUAUAUCACUGAAGAAGAGCUGUGGUUUUUGAUAUUUCAGCGAAAUGUUACUUGUUAUUGUUACUUGAGGAACUGUCGAGAUUAGUUGCACCACCAAAGUCAAAGGUUUACUACGUGUCUGCAAUGGCUUUUAAAGCAUUCACAAAAACACAGAUCUAUGAAAAACACGAAGCUCCGAAAGAAAAGGACAAACUGGGGAUCCAGUGCCUCGAGUGCUUCGAUCGGAAUCUGUAUAUUGGGAGUAAAAAUGCAACAGUGCAGCACCUCAUCCUACAAAACAGCACAGACGCAGACCUGAGUCCUGGUCAGAGCAAAACCAGAGAAGGUAGAGCCAGAAAACUGGGCUCCAGCAACCCAGUCGUCCAGCUGAGAGCGGUCCCUCUUUUCAACCACUUGCUUGUCCUGUGGGACCGCGGCGUCACGGCCCUCAACAUGUUCUCCCUGGAGCCGGUCCCUGCCUUGAAGAAGAUCCAGCACGUGUCUCUGUUUGAGGUGUGCGACUCAUUGCUGGCAGCUCGGGUAGGAUGCGUGCAGAUGGUGACCUCCUCCAGCCGCAGGAGAGUGAUCCGCAUCCACGUGGUGGGAGUGGACAGCUGGGAGGUUCUCAAGGAGGUGCCUCUACAACAGGAUCCCGUGGCCUUGGCAGUAGAUGGCACCAGUCUGUGUGUAGGCACCUGCGACAGGUACCUCCUCUGCGACGUGGAGACCGGGAGCAGAGAGGAGCUCUUUCCUCACAAGCACAACAGGCAGCGCGUCAUUGUUACCUCGGUGGGACGAGGGGAAUUCCUCCUGAAUGGGCCUGAAUCUUUGGGCAUGUUCGUGAUGAAGACGGGGAUUUGCCAGCGCCCUCCCCUGCAGUGGCCUCAGGAGGUGCUGGCAGCCACAGUGUGUUUCCCUUACAUCCUCACCCUGCAGCCCCAACUGCUAUCUGUCUACAGCAUGUUGGAUCAGCGGUGCAAGCAGAGUGUGAGCCUCCAUGGAGGGAAGGGUCUGCUCUCCACAUCAGAUGGCGUGUUGGUGUUCACAGAGAGAGAGAUUUUCAGCCUGAGUCUGGUGCCGUUCGAGGAGCAGAUCCAGGCACUCGUAGGACACGAGAGGGUCGAGGAGGCUUUACUGCUGCUGGACGGGGUUCAGAGCCGUCGGCCACUCGACUCAUACAAGGAGCUGCAGAAGGCCAUCACUUGCCUGGCUGGAUUUGUUCAUUUUUACCAGGAGGGCUUUUCCGAGGCCAGAGAACUAUUCAUUGCAGGCGAGCUGGACCCCAGAGAACUCAUCCUCCUCUACCCAGACAUGAGGUCGUGUCUCAGCAACGACUUCCAGUCCCAGUUUGAUCAGGGAACCCAGAAGGGCAGGGCUCUCCAGGUGCUCUGGCGAGAGGACACAAACAUGUUCCAUCACUACCUGCACUUCCUGGCAGAUUUUCUCCAAGCUGUCAGGGGGACUGAGCGAGACUCAGCGUGCAGUGCGGAGGUGGACUGCGCCCUCCUGAGGCUGUACGUGGUACUGGGAGACACUGGGAACCUGCAGCAGCUUGUCACUUCUCCUAACGAGUGCAAGCUGGAUCACUGUGUUCCUGCUCUGGAGAAAAACAACAGAUAUUUUGCGUUAGGUUCCCUCUAUCAAAGUCAAGGGAGGCAAACUGAUGCAAUAAAGACUUGGGUAAAUAUUGCAGAGGGCGCCCACCAAGACGACUCUUGCUCAGACGUGUACGGACACAUAGUACGGACUCUCAGUCAGCUGGACGACAGAGAUAUCGUGAGGAAGUUUGCAGACUGGACUCUGCAAAAAAACCAAGAGAAAGGUGUGCAGAUUUUCACCAACCGCCCUCCAGAUGAUCGACUGGAGACACAGGACGUCCUCGUCCUCUUGGAGAAAUAUCCGCUGGCGUCGGUUUUGUAUCUUGAGUUCCUGAUCCAUGAUUUGAGCAGCGAGGAGGAAAGACAUCACAGCCGUCUGGCCUUGGCAUAUGUUGCUCAGACGCUGCGAGAGGAAGAGGAAGCAGAUUUGAGGUCAACCAGGGGGAAGCUGCAACAUCUGUUAUGGGAAUCCAAAUUCUACGACGUCUCCACUGUAUACGAGAGAGUCAAGUCAACGACCCUGCACGUAGAGACAGCCAUUCUCCUCGGCAGGAGCGGGGAACACUCCCGGGCUCUGCAGGUGCUCGUUCACCAGGAGCGAGACCCCCAGGCUGCAGAGGCCUACUGCUGCCGGGCUGCCCAGGGCCAUGACGCUCCCUUCAGACAGGCCCUGCUGCUCACCCUGCUCCAAAUCUACCUGAGCUCCGAGGAUCCCACCGGCACUGCGGUGGAUCUGCUGAACGACAACCCUCGGGCCUUUGCAGCGGAGGAGGUCGUCCAGCUCCUGCCCGACUCCUGGUCUGUUCAGCUCGUCUCCCAGUUCUUAGUGGGAUCCGUGAGGGCAACGCUCCACCAGAGUCGUGUAGUGAAGCUGCAAAAGGCGCUGGCCCGGGUGGAGCUCAUGCGGCACAAGGUCACUUGGAUGCAGGCCUCAAAAGCAAUGUUCAGACUGGACAAGGAGCAGACGUGUAAGGUCUGUCAGCGAGUCCUCGCCGAGCCCCACUUUGCCUGUGACCUGCACGGCCAGCUGAUGCACGUGGGCUGCACGAUCAACCAGUCUGUUGCCUGCUCUGGCACAUUAUGAGUUCCUCUGCACUCCCGAGAAUCACAUUAAUCUCAAGCCGGUUAAGUGUCUGCUUCUCACCUGAUGAUUUAUCUAGAUUAGACCGUGUCAUCUAAGCAAACUCCCAUCAACGGUUCAAUUCAUGGACCCGGGACCAGACAGGUUCCCUAAUUAGAAAAAAGAAAAUACAUAGUGUAAAUAACUGGUUUCAAAAAGGCAAAAGAGCACGCGUUGCACUUUUUCAGGGCGGCACGUCUGAGCUUUUUUUUCCGAGAGACACUGUAGACAGCUAAAGCUAUAAAUUGGAUUGUGGAGGACACUCGGGGACAUACUGUAUAUUCACUGAUCAGACAGUGGUGUUUUACAUGGAAACCACUCGUGGUCACCCUGAUGACCAGAGGGAAUUUGACCAUCCUCCAGUGCUGUAUAUACGCAUCCCCACCAUCAUGGUUUCCACUGACUGUGUAUAUUUGUCUGCACGGAGCUGGAAAUAGAAAGUCAACAUGCUGCACGUGAGAUACUUCUGUUUCCAAUCCAGCCUGUGCAUUAAUGUACAUUCAAGAUUAAAAAGGCAGGUUUUGAAAUGAAAAGUCAAAAGGUGCAGAGCUUUGAGUCACUUCUAUUGUAGACAUAUCUC